AUGAGCAGGGCAGCGUCUGGGCCGCAGCAGCCGCCGCCGCCGCCGCCGCCGCCGCCGCCGCCACCCCAGGCGACCGGGGUCGGCGCCUUCCCCCGCAGCUCCUCCGGACCGUUGCAGGGAUCGUACCUCGCCAACUCUCGUCCCGGUGUCGGCCUUCCCACCCGAGGAGGGACAGGGCAGGCGGGCGUGGAGGGCGUAGCGGGGGCCAGGGCGGGGGGGUCUCGCGGUAACAGCCCCCACCGGCAAGCGCCCCCCGCGAGGAUGUACGUGUCCGACCCCAAGUUUUCUGCCGGCGGGGCCGGCGGCGGCGGUGGAGUAGGAGGAGGGCGGUACGGUUACCCGGAAGGAGGGGGGGCCGGCAGAGGGGAUGGCGGUGGGGGUAUAAUGCAGAGGCCGCCCGGCCAGGGGAUGUACGGGCGCCACCAGCACCAGCAGCACGGAGGUGGCGGGUUGCUGGUCGGGCAGCACCAGACCCCCGUGAAGGGGCAUCACAUCCACCACCCACACUUGAUGCACCACCCGGGCGGCAGCAGCGGCGGCGGUGGCGGGGCCGGGGCCGGGGCCGGGGGAGGGGCAAUGGUCCCUGUCCCCGCUCCGUCGAUGGACGAGAAGCAAGUGAAGCGGGCGGAGCUGGUGGAGUCGCCAACGACGAGGCUCGCCUUCAAGGACUUUUACCGCGCGUUCCGGGCGAAGGAGAAGACCUCCUUCCACGCAGCCAAGGUGUUCGCGAUGGAGUGCUUCAAGAUGCUGCCGGUUAAGGUGCACUGGAGGCUCUACUUGGAGAUAGCCGACCUGGCGAGGAGGGAGAACCGUUUCGUUGAGGCCCGAAAGUUGUACAGAAAGGCGAGUGUGACCAAGAUGCAGCCGUUCGCCUCCCAAGGGUGGGUGGAGUACUGCAAGCUGGAGGAAGAGUUUGGCGACCUAAGCAGGUGUUCCCAAAUCCUUCGGAGGGGGUUGACGUUCUGCGAGUACUCGGAGACGCUUUUGAUCAAGGCUGUGAAGCAGGAGGAGAGGGCGGGGAACCUUGACGGCGCGAGGGAGCUGCUUAGCCGCCUCAAGCAUGUCGGGAUCGAGAACGUUUGGCGGACGGUGUUGGAAGGCGCGCUCCUCGAGGCCCGGUCCGGCAACACCGAUGUCGCUCGCAAGGUUCUCAAGUAUCUCAUGACGCACGUUCCCUGGUACGGACCCAUCUACUACGAAGCGUUUAGGCUCGAAGAGAAGGCGGAACACUUCGAGAGCGCACUUGCAAUCGUGCAGAGGGGUUUGCAGGAGAUCCCACGUUACGGCCCGCUGUGGUUUGGCGCUUUCCGACUGAGCGAGAAGCUGGACAUGCGUGACGCGAAGAAGGCUUUAGCCGAGGGGAAGUCGCCCUUCGAAGCCUACCAACAGAGGGCGACGUCCGACCCGUCCACGCGAGGGCAGGGCGGUAGCGGCGGCGGCGGCGGUGGCGGCAAGGUGGUGGUCUGCAGCCGCGCGAAGGAGACCGUCGAGAAGGCCAAGGACUGCAUCAGCAAGGAGCUCGUGUGGAAGGUGCAUUUCGAAGCAGCUCAGAUCGAGGAGCGGCUGGCCAGCGUGUGCGCCAAGGCGAUCGCAACCAGGUCCUUACAAGCAGCAGUAGCAGCAGGAGCUAAGCGAGCCCCAACCGCUGCUGCAGGUGCUACUACUGGGGGUGGUGCUACAGCGGCCGCUCCCCCCGCCGCGGCGACGAGUAGCGGCCCCGCCAACGUGCCGUCGACGCCGAUGACGCCCCGAGAGCUGCGCGAGAAGCUUCGUCAACCACCGUCGCCGUCACCCAUGGCGGGGCGCGUCGAUCGAUCCCCGACGUCUUCCGCCGACGCUGCCGCUGACCCCGCCGGUGUGCCACUAGCAGCAGCAGCAGCCGCUACCAUCGGCGGCGGCAGCGGCGGGGUAGUUGAGGUUGGCUGCGAAGCGGAGACGAGGAUCGACCUAGUACGCUCGGAAGCGCUGCCGUCCUCGUCAGCAGGGCAAACGGCAGCGGCAGCAGCAGCAGCAGCAGCAGCUGGGUCGAAAGGCUUGGGAGACAGCGGUGCGGAGGCGGGAGGAGUGGCGGUUGCGCAUGUCGAUGAUGGCGGUGGCGGCAGCGGCGGUGACAUUGUGAGCGAGGCGCAGGCGAGAGACUCGCUGCUGGGGCCCUGCCGGUCUGCGUACGCCCACGCGGUGCUCACGUGCCCGCAUAACUUGCGCUGGAAGGUGUUCCUCGAGAGCGUCCUGCUUGAGAUCCGUGCCAACGACUGGCAGCGAGCGGCGGCAGAGGCUCAGGAGGCGCUCAAGGUGCAUUCCGGGGCCGGGAGGCUGUGGGCCGUCCUGGUGCAGCUCAAGCAGAGGGACAGCGACCAGGCUCAGCAGGCCUCUCUCAAGCAGGCGCUUAAAGAGGUGCCCAAGUCGGGAGAGGUGUGGUGCGAGGGAGCCCGGAUACACCUGAACCCGCUCUCGAAGGCCUUCGACCUGGAGACAGCCGGGAAGUACCUGGGAUUCGCGGUGCAGUUCACCCCCCAGUACGGGGACUCGUUCAUGGAGUGCCUCAGACUGGGCCUCCUGAACGAUCUCUUUCUGCCCAAAGCGAGAGCGAUCGCGGACGCGAGGGAGAAGAAGAAAAAAACCGCUGCGGAACCCGCAGCAACGGCGACGACCGCGGCGGCGGCGGUGCCGCUGCUGCUCUCGUCAGAAGCGGUAUCGCCGGCAAGGGUAGAGAGAAGAAAAGGAAUAGAAGGAAUGCCCACACCUGUGGAAGAGGCGCCGCGCGACGCGGUGAAGCACGCGGGGGGUGGAGGAGGGGGUGGCGACGGUGACAGUGGCGGUCCCGCCGACGGGACUCGGACGGCAGGGCCGGAGGGCUGCGACGGUGUCGACGCCGUCGCCGCCACGGCGGUGGCCGUCGCCGCCGUUGACGGUGGGAAGGAGGGUGGUGGUGAUGAGGUCACCGCCGGCGGUGGAGACGAGCGCGAGAGAAGCAGCCUGGGGGGUGAGGACCCAGCACGCCCAGCGGCGGCAACGGCCGGCGGGGCAGCGGCGGCGGCGGCGGCGGCGGUGGGGGACCGAUCGUGGCUGCUUCCGCCUCAAGUGUGGGCGGCGAUCGACCGCGGAGAUUUCGCUACUACCCUUCACCCCGGUGGUGGCGGCGGCGGCGGCGUUGGCGGCUGGUCUGGCGCGGGUUCCGCUGCUUCAGCGGUGCCGGCAGGCCGCAGCAACAGCAGCAACAGCAGCAACAGCAGCGGCGGCGGUAGUAGCGGCAAGAGUACCCAGGGGGGCGACGUUAGGGGAUCAGUAGAUGACGACGACGACGACGACGACAGCGAGGCGCCAGCCGCCUCUCCUCCUUGCGCCAACCCUUCCUCUUGGACGGCUUCCACAGCCUCGACAGCAACACCGUUAUCGUCGUCGUCGUCGAUCACGACAACGCCAACAGCAGCCAAGACCGCGACGACGGCGACGGUCGGCGCCGACGCCUCCUCCGCCCCCGGGGAUGGAAUCGUAGGUGGGGUUCCCGGCGGUUGGUUCGAGCUCGGGGAGGACGAGGUGGCCGCGGCGGGGCGGCUUUCACCGGGGGACUUCUUGAGGGCGGAGGUGGAGGGGCUGGUGCUGAGGUGUGUCAACGCGGACCCGAACUACGGGUCCAUGUGGUUCCACUGCCGACAUCGGCCCUCCGACACUGCAAAGUCCAUCCUGAUGAUGUCCAAGGUGAUGAUGGCCGAGGAGCUCACCAACCUUCAGGACGUCUACCUCCACGCGGUCACGCGGCACGUCCUCCUCCAGCGGGAGGCCGACGCCUACCUCGCCUCGUGGAAACAUCCAGAAGAAGAAACGGAAGAAGAGGGCGAGGGCGAGAGUGCGCGGCGGCGGCGGCCCCGCAGACAUCACGGAGGGGGGGGGGGGGGGGCACGGCUGUUGGAGGUCGGGGGUCGGCUGGCCCCCCCCGUCGGGUUCGGGGAGGAGGGGGGCGGCGGGCUCAAGAACAUUAGGGCGGAGGACUUCGUGACGGGCCUGGCCAGCCUCAACCGCAUCACGGCACAGAUGGGCCGUCUCCGAAGCGAGGACCGCAGGAAGAUUUUGUUCGGGUCCGAUCAGAUAGUGCCCUGAGCCACAAAGAUGCUCUUGGCCAGCCCCCAUCCCCCUCCGAAGGGCGAGGCAAAAUUCCUCCUAUUCUUUGGCCGAGCCUCUUCAAUUUCUUGGUUCGAUUUGUGGUGGUUCCGAGACAGUUUUUUUGUGUUUUUUUUCGCGGUUGGGGUACGUGCUUGCUGCAGUAGGUGGUGUCUUUGUUUGGUGUGUCGGCUGGACGGCACAGGCGCUGGCUAACGUAUCGAGUCAGCUUUGUGGUGAAUGUGCGUGCGAUUCUUAGCUGUAUAUAUAUAUAUAUACGUACACCAAGACCACGCCUUCCGAGGGGUACAAGGGCUAUACAAAAGGCUUCCGCCGAUAACUGGAGUCUUGUGAUUGGUUGGUGAGUGGCGUGGUAUGGUAGAGGGCGAGGGAUGAGCGAGUGUUGGUGGUAAGGUUCGAGUUGCGAUGACCAGAGAUGUUUGGCUUCGUCAAAUCACAUGGAUCGGCGUUUCUGUCUGUCGGUCCCUCUCUCUGUACAAUGUCGUUCCUCUUCGUUGAUGUUGUUGUACCCCUUCUCGGCAGCAAAUAGGUGGUUUAAACCCGCCCGUCCGGCCGGCGCCAGUUCCCGUUUCGAUCUCUUUUCUAUCCUUGCUCCUCUCGCGGGUGCGCGCUCGCUUGCCGUCUUGUCUCCGCUGUUGUCAGCGAAGAGACAACCAAGUUCGCCUUGCGCCGUCGUGUCGGAUGUGCUGAAUAGCGUCUGUUUCGUAACCCGAGGGCAGGCGUUUUUGCCCCUACCGAGCUGACUGUUUUUUUCGGCCGGAGCUCCAGCCUUUUAGCUGCCCCCCCCCCCGCGGGAUUGAGGCAGGCCUUGGGAGAGAAAAGCAUCCAGUUCCUCCCUUCUCAGCGACUGGUAGCCGCUUUGUCAGGCUGGGGUGCUUCUGCGAGUGGGUUGGUUUGAGGAAAAUGGGUGGGAAGAAAAAAUGAAGAGAAAAAUGUUUUUUUUUUUUUCUUGUCGCGCGCUACGGCGGUUGUUUGUGUUUUGAUUUUGUUUGAUUUUCUGGUGGUGUUUUUGUAUCUCUUUUUAUGCUCCCCUUCCCCCCCCCACACUCAAUCACUCCAUCUAGCCUCAGAACGCUGGGGGCGAGACUUGCGCACAAAGAGGGGGGAAGGGUUAAGGGUGCUUUGAGUGUGGUUCCUCUACACGCACGGCAUGGUGCUCCUUGCUCUACCAAAGCCUCCAGAACGGUAUGGUCUGCACGAUAUGACCUAGAAAUGUUUUGCCGGCGUGUCUGUUGUUUGAUUUGACAGCAAGGCCCCGCCGUCUGCUGCGAACGUUUUCCGGUGCUACUUGAAUAACUUGGUGUGCGUUUUUGUCCUUGUGCUUUGGAGUUCUGCUGUUCCUGGCGUGGCGUGCACGCGCCGAGCGAAACGUAAGGAGGCAGGAUUUUGGCGGGGUGAUGGGGGAGAGGGGGGGGCGGCGGCUUGUGUCCUGGUACACGCGACUUCAGCGACAUGCCCUCCGUGUUGCUCACGCACCUCCUCCUGUAGUCUUCUAUUGUGUCUUUAUUCAUCGUCUCAUCACCAAAUUUGCGUAGUCUACGCGGGGUGCAUACGAUACAAAUAUGUAUGCCAAAUGAACGGGUUUAUUGUUUUCGUGGGAGAGGUGGGCGGUUGGCUUGGUUUUCAUUUUUUUUUGCUCCGCGUAUUUGUUUUGGGUCCCUUUGGGGAAUCUGUCGCCUUACUUCGUCGCAUGUUCCCGAGAGAUGACCGCAGAGUUCGGCACGCGACCCGGCCCACGUUCCAUGUUCAUAGCUGCUUUUUCACACCGAUGGUGGAAUGUGCUGUUUAGUCGGGGGGGGGCGGGACUAGUAUGUGCCUCCUGCUGGUGAAGUGGUGGUGAAUUUAUCAUCAUUUGUCAUUGUGCGGCAAUAAUAAUAUGUGCCGAUAUGAUGAAUCAAUCAUUAUUUUGCCGCAAUGAUGAAAGGGGAGCUGAUGUGUGUUUGGGCGAUAUGUUGUUCCUUGUGUCCGUGUGUGUGGCGUGUGAAACGGUGGUGACGAUGACGUUUUUUUUUUUUUUGCCCUUCUUCCAUGGAUGAGAACAAGCGAGCAAGAGAGGGAGCGAGAGAGAGAGAGAGAGAGAGAGAGAGAGAGAGAGAGAGAGAGAGAGAGAGAGGCCCAUGUGUUGAGUCUAGAGAGACCAAGUGUGGAGUCUGCGUUCCGCUGCAAAAAGUACGUUGCGUGCGAGUGCGGGGUCGUACGAUUUUUUUUCGAAAAUGCUGUUGUGGUGUUUUGUUUCUGCUUCCCCUAAUCAACAAUGCAAUUCGGUCCGACCCAACCCGACCCGCACACUCGGGUCUCGUUCUUUGCCAUUUUGUGUUAGUUUGUCUUGGGCGUUGUAUUUCAGCUUGGACGAUUUAUUGCAUGUCCUUUCUCUUCUUUUGUAAGUCCUACCUUGUUUUUUUUUUUUUGAGUGCUUGUGUAGGACAGGCGUUUUUUCUCGGGCGAGACGGGUCAUGCACCCACCAGUCUAGACUACAGGGAUUCUAGAGGAGUAAGGGGUUUGGCGCCAGUGCCGGUGUGGGAAAAGAAAAUGACGCGGUCGUGUCUGUGGUGCUCCAUGUGAAAGGGUAGCCCGCACACGCCAGUAGGCCGUCGAAGAGUGCAGAAGCUUGUUUUUUUGGGGGGGGUGGGGUGUAGGUUGGAUUUUCUCGAAUUGUCUUUAAGAAGCCAGGCGAGCAGGCGAGUGCUUGCGUGUUUUUUCAAGAGUAUAAAUAUGCUGACUGGACUGAGUAAGGGCCAUGCGCACUCCAAAACGAAAAACAAGUGAGUGUGGCGGGGCGGUGUCUUUUUCAACAUGAUUUCGACAUGUUCGUUUCGACGCAAGCAACACCUCAUAUAUUCCGAUAGUGUCGUAUUAUUAUUUCAUUCGCUGAAUCGCCCGGACGCCUUUGAAUGUUUGCAUGUUAUUAGAGAGGCGUGGCUCCAUAUGAU